AUGGCGCAGCCAAUCACAAGUGAUCAUUACGCUCCACCGUGCUAUACAGUUCCGGUCACAAAAUACAGAUUUCAUACAAAUGCCGAGCAAGCCGAAGGCGAGAUCGGCAAAAAUCAACCGCUCGUUCGAAAUUCUAGAGCGGGCUAUACGGUUCCGGUCACAAAAUACAGAUUUCAUACAAAUGCCGAGCAAGCCGAAGGCGAUAUCAGCAAAAAUCAACCGCUCGUUCGAAAUUCUGGAUCGUACUAUACAAUUCCGGUCACAAAACACAGAUUUCAUACUAAUGCCGAGCGAGCCGAAGCUUGUCGCCAGAUGGAAUAUGGCGUCCAGGCGAUCUUCGGACCAUCCGAUCCCGUGCUGGGCGCCCACAUCCAAAGCAUCUGCGAGGCCCUCGACGUACCGCACCUCGAAGCCCGUAUAGACUUCGAGCCCUUCUCAAAGGAGCUAUCGAUCAAUCUGCAUCCCAGCCAGGAGCUAAUGAACAAGGCCUUUCGAGAUCUAAUGACCUACCUAAAUUGGACCAAAGUGGCAAUUAUUUACGAGGAGGAUUACGUUCACCUACUAGGGAGUAAAGGCCUUUUCAAGCUGCAAGAGCUGGUUAAGGCGCCGGACUCGGCGAAAACGGAAAUGUACAUACGUCAGGCCGGGCCCGGUUCGUAUCGACAGGUCCUGAGGGAAGUGCGACAGAAGGAGAUUUUCAAGUUGAUUGUCGACACGAAUCCGAAACACAUUCAUCAUUUCUUUCGAGCGAUUUUACAACUUCAAAUGAACGACUACCGAUACCACUACAUGUUCACCACCUUUGAUUUGGAAACGUUGGACCUAGAGGACUUCAAGUACAAUUCCGUAAACAUCACUUCAUUUCGAAUUGUGGACAUCGACAAUAAAAAAGUACAAGAAACCCUCGGCGUAAUGGAAAACUUCCAGCCAAUAGGACACGCGAUACUAAAUCGAAGCGGUGUGAUACAGGCCGAGCCCGCGCUAAUCUUCGAUUCGGUGUACGUAUUCGCGAAGGGAUUAUCGGCGAUGGAAUCCGGCCACACUAUAAAACCGACGAAUUUGUCUUGCGACCUCGAGAAACCAUGGGACGACGGCCUAUCGCUCUACAACUACAUCGACGCCGUUGCGGGCCUUCAAGGACUGACCGGCAACAUCGAGUUCAACGAGGGAAAGCGUUCCAACUUCAAGUUGGACCUGCUGAAGCUGAAAAAGGAGGAGAUCACGAAGGUCGGACACUGGACCUCGUCGGACGGCAUCAACAUCACCGAUCCGAACGCGUUCUACGAGAAGAACACGCCGAACAUAACGCUCGUCGUUAUGACGCGCGAGGAAAAGCCCUACGUAAUGGUGAAGAAGGACGCAAAUCUCACUGGAAACGCGAGAUUCGAGGGCUUCUGUAUCGACUUACUGAAAUCGAUAGCGGGACAAGUCCAAUUCGAUUACGUGAUCCGUCUCGUUCCUGACCACAUGUACGGAGUCUACGAUCCGGAAACGAAAGAAUGGAACGGAAUCGUAAAGGAGCUCAAGGAGAAGCGGGCGGACUUGGCAGUGGCUUCGAUGACAAUAAAUUACGCAAGGGAGAGCGUAAUAGAUUUUACGAAACCGUUUAUGAACCUGGGCAUCGGGAUUUUAUUCAAGAACAAAGAAAAGCGUCCCGCGCAGCUCUUCUCGUUCCUAAAUCCGCUAGCGAUCGAGAUCUGGACGUACAUACUUCUGGCCUACGUGACCGUGUCCAUGUGCAUCUGGAUCGUGGCGAGAUUCUCGCCGCGCGAGUGGAACGCGCCGGAACUGUGCGACGAUUGCUAUUACGAUCACCUCCACGAGGCGUGCAGGCGCGAAUCCGCCUCGGGCUCGUCGGGCAUCGAGUGCGACGUCGCCUCGAUCGACGAAGAAGACGACGACGUCUGUACGCACUACUACGACGGCGAGUACCCGGGCUGGUUCGAAAACGAUUUCAAUAUUUUAAACAGCUUUUGGUUUACAAUCGGAAGCUUAAUGCAGCAAGAGUCCAACCUGAAUUUAAAGGCCACAUCGACGAGGAUUGUAGGUGGUAUAUGGUGGUUUUUUACCUUAAUCAUUAUUUCGUCGUACACCGCCAAUUUGGCGGCGUUUCUAACGGUCGAACGCAUGAUUACCCCCAUUGAAACCGCACAGGAUCUCGCGGAGCAGACAGAAAUUUCUUACGGAACGCUCGAGGGUGGAAGUACGAUGACGUUUUUUAGGGAUUCGAAAAUUGAGAUCUAUCAAAAGAUGUGGAGGAUUAUGGAGAGCCGUUUGCCGUCAGUAUUCGUAUCGACCUACGAGGAGGGAAUACAAAAGGUUCUCGAGGGGAACUACGCGUUUCUAAUGGAGUCGACUAUGAUCGAUUACGCGGUUCAAAGAGAUUGCAACUUAACGCAAAUCGGCGGUCUUUUAGAUUCGAAAGGUUACGGUAUCGCUACGCCUAAGGGAAGCCCGUGGAGAGAUAAGAUUUCGCUCGCGAUCCUCGAGCUGCAAGAGAAGGGGGUUAUACAAAUUUUAUACGAUCGCUGGUGGAAGAACACGGGGGACGUCUGCACGCGCGACGAUAAAAGUAAGGAAUCGAAGGCGAACGCGCUCGGCGUCGAAAACAUCGGUAAGUCACUUUUCAUGUAA